AUGCCUUGCAUGGGGGUGAGCGGCACGGCCAGGCGCGGUGCGGGGCUGGGCGUUCAGGGCAGCACCAGGACAGGUAACCCAGGGGACACCGUGCGCAGCGUCACUGCUGAGCCCUGGACCCUGCAAGAUGCCAUCACCACCCAGCAGAAUGGCAUCGGGCACUGGAGCCGGAGGGUGGAGGAGCUGGCGGGGGACAGGGACACCGGGAUGUGGGAGGUGCGCUUCCCCUUCUUCGGUGCGGGACACACCGGCCUCUACGUGAACAACAACGGGAUCAUCUCGUUCCUGAAGGAGGUCUCCCAGUUCACGCCGGUGGCCUUUCCCAUCUCCAAGGACCGGCGUGUAGUGGCCGCAUUUUGGGCGGACGUGGAUAACCGGCGGGCGGGCGAUGUGUAUUACCGGGAGAGCACUGAGCAGCCCAUCUUGGAGAGAGCGAGCAGGGACAUCGCGCAAUAUUUCCCUGAGUUCCCGGGGUUUGCCGCACAGUGGGUCUUCAUCGCCACCUGGUACCGAGUGACCUUCUUCGGGGGGAAUUCAUUUUCGCCCGUAAACACUUUCCAGAUCGUCCUCAUCACGGACGGCAAGCUCUCCUUCACCAUCUUCAACUAUGAGUCCAUCACGUGGACCACGGGUAUGCACGCCAGCAGUGGGGGGGACUUUGCUGGGCUUGGCGGCAUCGCAGCGCAGGCAGGUUUUAACGCCGGUGAUGGAAAGCGCUACUUCAACAUCCCCGGAUCCCGCACCGAUGACAUCGCUGACGUGGAGAUGACGACAAAUGUGGGUAUCCCCGGGCGCUGGGUGUUCAGAAUCGAUGAUGCCCAGGUGCAAGUGGGGGGCUGCAGCAAUACAACCUCGGUCUGCCUGACGCUGCGGCCCUGCCUGAACGGGGGGAAGUGUAUCGAGGACUGCAUCACGGGGAACCCCUCCUACACCUGCUCCUGCCUGGCUGGCUUUACUGGGAAGAGGUGCCAUGUCGAUGUGGAUGAGUGUCUCUCCCACCCGUGUCAAAACGGAGCCACCUGCCUCAACGGUGCCGGCAGCUUCAGCUGUGAUGCUCUGGUCGUGAGCCCUUCGAAGCCAUCGGGGACUCUCCCUGUCCCUGGCAGGGGCCAUGGUGGCCGGUUUCCCCCACCGCUGGCCUCCACCCGCGGGUGGAAGUGCCGCCAAAGCAUUUGGCUGCCAGGGAGCCGCUGUGCUGGUGGAGAAGAAGAGUCGCCGUGUGAGAGCAGAGUGUGCCAGAACGGUGGGAGGUGCCAGGCGGUGAACGGGAUGGCGGCAUGCUUGUGCCAGCCAGGGUACAUGGGCACGGACUGCCAGACAGAGGUGAACGAGUGCGAGUCCAGCCCGUGCCUGAAUGGUGGGCACUGCAUCGACCUGGUCGAUAACUACACCUGCGUGUGCCUGGAGCCCUUCGUGGGACAGCGCUGCGAGACAGACUCAUCUUCCUGCGAGGACCGGAGCUGCCAGAACCGGCAGACAUGCAACUACAUCCGCCCCGGCCGCUACAUCUGCACCUGCUCCCCAGGUUAUUACGGCAACAACUGCCAGUACGCUGGGCUAGACCGGCUCUGCCCCGGCCAGAAUGCGGGCAGCUGCCUGGAGACAGAGCAGGGCUAUGUCUGCGAGUGCCAGGAGGGCUACACUGGGCAGGACUGUCGAGACAAGCUCUCAGAGGGCUGCGAGUGUCGCAACGGGGGCAAUUGUCUGGAGGGGAACGUCACCGUCUGCCAGUGCCCACCUGGGUUUUUUGGUCUCCUCUGUGAAUUUGAAGUCACCACCACACCGUGCAACGUGAACACGCAGUGCCCGGAUGGCGGGUACUGCAUGGAGUAUGGCGGGAGCUACCUCUGCGUCUGCCACACUGACUACGGCACCAACCACACGAUGCCAUCCCCCUGUGACUCGGAGCCCUGCCUGAAUGGGGGGUCCUGCGAGGUUCACGAUGACUCGUACACCUGCGAGUGUCCUCGAGGCUUCCUUGGCAAGCACUGUGAGAAAGCCAAGCCGCGGCUGUGCAGAACGGGACCCCGGCUGCCCUCCCCGUGCUUCCUUGGCCCCUGUGAGAACGGUGCUACCUGUGAGGACCUCGGUGGGGGCUACGCUUGCACGUGCCCCGUGGGCUAUGUAGGGAAGCAUUGCCAGUCUGAGGUCGACUGUGGUAUCCCCAGUGAGGUGAAGCACGCCCAGGCCUCUUUCAACUCCACCAAGUUGGGAUCGCUGGCUGAGUACCAGUGCGAGCUGGGCUACACCCUCAGUCAGCGCAACCACCCCCGCGUGUGCCGCUUGCCAGGUGUCUGGAGCGAUCCCCCCGAAUGCAAUGAGAUCGAUGAGUGCUGGUCCCAGCCCUGCCUCAAUGGCGGCCACGGCAAGGACCGCGUUGCUGAGUUCCUGUGCCUGGGCGAGCCGGGUUACACGGGCCACCGCUGUGAGUCAGAUGUAGACGAGUGCCAGUUGGAGCCCUGCAAGAACGGUGGGACCUGCCAGGACCUCCCUGGGUCCUUUGCUUGCUACUGUCCAGAGGGCUUCCUGGGGAGCCAGUGCGAGACAGGUAGGACUCGCCCUUCCCGGGGCGGCGGGAGGCUUGGCCCAGCCGCCGGUGCUGCCGGGUCGCUGUGGCCGGAGCGCUCCUGGCGCCCAGGCUCUCCCGUGCCUUCCGGGCCGGUGGCAGACGGUGCCCACGGGGCCCCUGCCAGGCGCACCAAGGGAGAGGGCAAGGGCCCUGUCCUCCACUGCUGCUGCUCUGCCUCUUGCUGCGGGGUCUGUUCUCUAAAGAUUCAUGGCAUUACCUCUCCCCUUUGCUUUUGCCCACACCCUGAAGAAUUGCUGCCACCAACCUCAUUAAAGGUGGAAAGGGUGGAGGACACUGGUGUGUUGAUUUCUUGGCACCCACCUGAGGACGCAGCCGCCAGGCAACUCAUUGACGGCUACGCCGUGACGUACGUAUCCCUCGACGGCUCUUACCGCAGGACAGAUUUUGUGGACCGAAGUCGUUCUGCCCACCAGUUACGGGCACUAGCCUCCGGCAGAGCCUACAAUAUUUCUGUCUUUUCAGUCAAACGCAACGUGAACAACAAGAAUGAUAUCAGCAGGCCCGUCAUGCUCACCACGCGCACUAGACCGCGUCCGGUGGAAGGCUUUGAGAUCACGAACGUGACGGCCAGCGCCAUCACGGUGCAGUGGGCUCUCCACCGGCUCAAGCACUCCACUGUCAGUAGGGUGCGUGUCUCCAUCCGCCAGCCGGCGGACCUGGCAGACCGCACCGUGGAGCUGAACAGCAGCGUGGCCAAGUACACCUUCCUGGACCUGCAGCCAGGAGAGAGGUACAUUGUCCAUGUUGUAACGCUGAGCGGCCUGGGGACAGAAGACCACCCUUCGGAGAGUCUGGCCGUGGACCCCUUCCAUGUGUGGACGAGGCCCCUCCCCCCCAAAAACCUCACCGCCUCCCGUGUCACUGCCACCUCUGUGUCCAUGGCGUGGGAGCAGCCGCCCGCUGGCGCCGUGGAGGGGUACAUCAUCAAUGUCACCACCGCUCAGAGCGUGAAGAGCCGCUACGUGCCCAACGGGAAGCUCAUGUCCUACACAGUGCGGGACCUGCUCCCUGGGCAGCGGUACCGCCUGUCCGUGACGGCCGUGCAGAACACGGAGCAGGGUCAAGUGCACAGCGAACCCAUCCACCUCUAUGUCACAACCUUGCAGAGGGAUGGGGCUCUGGAGAGACGCUGGAACCAAGCUGGGCACUCCCGGGUCCUGCGCAACAGGCUGCCCCCAGCUCUGCUGCCCGACCUCCGCUUGCUAGCGGAUCACGACACAGCUGAGGAGCCCUCACCAGCCCCCAGGUUCACCGAGCUGGUGGACGGCAGAGGGAGGAUCAGCGCCAGGUUUGGCACUGCGCUGGGCAAAUCCAUCACUGUGAAGACGCAGCCGGAGGCUCCAGUGAAGCUGGAGAACAUGGACGUGUCCAGCCAGGGCAAUCUGGCACUGCAGCUGCGCAAGGCAAAGAGCAAGAGUGAGGGGCAGAACUGUUCCACGAACCCUUGCAGGAACGGAGGCACCUGUGCCAGGGAUGCCGACUCCUACCACUGUGACUGCCGCCCAGGAUUCAAGGGCUGGCUCUGUGAGCUGGCCUGCAAGAAGGUGCCACACUCGUGCACGCGGCUGUACUCGGAAACCAAGUCAUUCCCCGUGUGGGAAGGAGGCACCUGCCACUACCUGUACAGGAGAGUCUACAAGGUACACCAGGAAGUCUGCUACAAGGAGAGCUGCGAGAGCACCGGUUCCAAGAAGACAACCAACAGAAAACCAAGCAACAGUCGCACACUGAAGAAGCCAUAG